AGUGCCCGCCGGGACUCACCGAGGCGCAGGGGCUGGAGGUGGCGCUGGGGUUUCAGCCUGGUGCCACCGAAUUCAUCAGAAGGAGUCAUGUGAUGCAAUGUUCUAAGUUCAGUACAGAAGAGUCUGUUGGGCUGUGCCAAAGCCAAAAGACAACCUACAGCAAUUUUGAACGUGGAAAGACAUAGCAACCUUUGGGAUUAUUGCUUAGCAACUGCAAACACAGAGAGGAGUAAAACUCACAGCCCAGCUCCACAGCAGGUCUGAGAAAUCCCUAAUUCACUUCAAGAUUUUUAAUGGUUGAUGGGCAUAUAUUAAAUCCCUGUUGAUUUGCAAAGCCAUUUUGAAUACAGGACGAAUAAGAUCUAUUUUGAUACCUGCUCCAAAGUGAUUGAGGUAUGGCUGCACAGCCAGAAGAAUCAGCCCAAUCUGCAGAUCUACAAGAUCCUGAACUUGGACAUAAGGAUGGGACUGCAACAGAGAUGGAAAGCAAUCAGGGGGGUGAUGAGCUGCCAUGUCCGAGUAAUUACACUUCGUGGAAAGAGUGUUUUCAUGAAAAGGUACAACAAAGGUGUCUGAGUCUGCAGGAGACAAAGAUGAGGUUGGUUCAAGCACAAAAGGCAGAAGAAGCAAAGGUGAGGAGGAGAGAACCUGGGGACUGGCUGGCCAGAGAGUGGUACAAUGAGGAGGAGGAGACACUCGAUACUCGCCUCUAUUUGCUCGACAACCUCCUCCCUACGUUAAUCCCAGGAACAGAAAAUUUGUUAAUGGCAGUGGAAAGAAACCAUGUGCUUGUAUCAGACCAAGAACCAACCAAAUUUAGGCCCAUUAAUUAUCUUGCAGAAUACCUGAUGAGGCAUAACCCUCAGCAUAGCAUUCCUACAAAGCCAGGCCCAUACCUGAGAGAAAUGGAGAUGGUCUCGGAGGAGCUCAAAUCUUUGAGGCAAGGUACAACAUCACAGAGGUGAGAGCACUGACAGUGUGGCUGGUCACAAGGCCAGAGCUGGCAUCUUGGUCUCUGUUUU